AUGUCUUUCUUCAAUUCAAUAGGUCGCUCCAUGUCGCGUACACCGCGCGGACCAAAGCGUUCGCCUACACCAACCUCUUCGACGUUCUCGUCUGACAUGCCACCCCCACCCGUACCUUCGUCUCCAGUCACACCUAACAUUCAAAAACCUCUUUAUUUGUGCAGCCCGUUUGUAGAGGCAGCACUCGUCAAAGGCAACUUCAAGACCAUCGUCGUUCUUCCAAAGUAUGUCGACAUCAUGGAGUGGGUAGCCGUCAAUGUCUUCGACUUUUAUACCAAUCUCAACGAGUUUUAUGGUGUCAUAUCGGAGUGCUGCACGCAGCAAUCAUGUCCCACCAUGUCGGCUGGACAAAAUCUUAACUAUACAUGGAUCAAUCAAGAUCGCAAGAGCGUCCACCUUGCUGCGCCCACCUACAUCGACUACGUCAUGACAUGGAUUCAAAACCUUCUCGACGAUGAAAAUGUUUUCCCCACAAAGUCUGGGCACGACUUUCCUCAAUCAUUCCCCUCGACCGUCAAACACGUUUACCGUCAGCUCCUUCGCGUAUUUGCACACAUGUAUCACACGCAUUACCCUCAAAUCCUCCAUCUCCGCUCAGAGCCCCAUUUCAACUCCCUCUUUGCCCAUUUUCUCGCGUUUGGGCGAGAAUAUGAACUGUUGGACAUCAAAGACGUGAAGGGCGCAGCUAACUCACCUGUUGGCAUUGGCAUGCUUUGGGAGAAGUGGAGGGAAGUGGGAAUCUUGGAGGGUUAG